AGUUGUAUAAACUCUGCAGUUUGAAGGAGUUGGCAGAGUCUCCUGCAGGGAUCGCAUCAGUCUCAGUGGGGGGAAAACUUUGCGGAGCGAGGGGAGGACAAGGCGUCACUAGUUUUUGCAGACUUGUCUUGCAAAGUGAUUUAGAGAUGCAGAGCUGCGCCAGGUCUUGGGGGAUCUUCCUGGCCAAGUCGGUGAAUCCCAGCGCACCGUGCAGGCAUCUGAGUGACAAGAACCGCGUGGUUUGGAAACUUCAGUGCAGGAUCCGAAACAGCGGGGCAUCCCUAACAACAGCAGCCCGGGGUCUGAGGACAUCUGCGGCGGUUUCCUCCAGGCAGAUCGAGAGGAUUUUACCCAGACAUGAUGAUUUUGCAGAGAGGCACAUCGGGCCAGGUGAGAGGGAGAAGAGAGAAAUGCUGGAUGUCCUGGGAGUUGAGGUAAGAUUUACAACUCAUCCUCAUGGAAUUGGGCGCAAACACGCUUUCCCUUCCCUUUAACCAUGUCUUCAUAUUAAAUCAUUAAAUCAUUUUCUGAUGGGCUAUUUAUGCCUUUAUUUGCUUUUGUUAUUAUUUAUAGACGAUCGACCAGUUGAUCGAAAACACAGUUCCAGCAUCCAUUCGCAUUCAGAGGAGUAUGAAAAUGGAUGAUCCAGUCUGUGAGUUUAUUUCUAUUUUAUAUAACAGUCUCAUUCAGUUUAUUUCAACAUAUUUGCACUUGCGUGUUCUGAAACUGAAAGCAAGACCCUCCUCGAUGUGAAAGUGGCACUGCCAGUGUGAAAUGCUGAAUUUCAUGAAAAAUAGCAGAUAUUCCUCGCAGCCGUCUCCAUCUAUUCUGCAGGGUGAAUGGGGCUCUGAAUGGAGACAAGUGAGAGGCUGAAAUGUAGGUUGCACCUCUAUUGUGCGCCGCGGAGCGCUCUCCCCUCUGUUAAGUCUUCCUUUGAACAUAUUAGGAGUUGUUUUUGCGAAACUCGGCGAGCAGCACCAAUCUCCUGUUGGGAAGCCGAUGCUCAUAGGAUGGCAACUGGAGUGUAAAGUUGAGCCCUGAGCUCCGGUCUGAAGUCCAGUUCAAUCUGGUUACAGCGUUCACAUUACAUCACAGCCGAGGGGGUUCCUAAUAAGGUGACUUCAGUCUGUUUUGCAUGGUAUUAGCUUGGGUGUUUUCCAGAUGUUGUUUUUUUUAUAUUGUCUUCUACAAUAUGUGUACAUCACAGCAGAAUUCACACAAUGUACACUCAAUGUUCCUGUGAAACGAGUUCAUUUAGUUAUUUAUAAUGUGAAAUAUAGAAGGUAAAGGCAGCAAACAUGACAAAGAUAAAACUGUGACCAAGCUGUGAUUGCAUAUGUGGACCAGAUUAGUAAAUACAGAUGACACACUUUUUAUAUGCAAAUGCAUUUUGCUUGGAGUGAGGCUUAUGCUAAUUAGAUAAGCACGUGCUGCUGUUAUAGCUCUCACUCUUUAGGGCACACAUGUGCAAAAUAUAGCUGCAUGCUGAAAUAAAUAUUUUUUGCAAUUUAAGUUUUCUCCCAAAACACUACAAGAUACCUCAAAUGUUACAACCACAUUCAAUAACAACUAUCAAAUUGAUGCCAAUUUGAACAAGUGUCUACAUAGCUACAAAAACACAACAUAAACGUUUUUUUUUUAACCCUUUUUAAGAUACAGGUUAAACAAAAUAUAGGAGAGAGUGGGGUAAGAUGAGCUAUUUUUCAUAUUUCUGAUCACUACAUCAAGUCAAUCAUAGUUUUGUCUCUAACUAGUGUGUCUGCAUAUAUGUCAAGAUGUUGUGCAUCCCUGCAAACCAACAGAAUGAGUGUAAACAUAACUGUCUUGAUAAUAUAGCAUGACAAAAAAAGUGGUCUCCUAUGGUCAACUUACCCCGUGUAUGGGGUAAGUUGACCAUAAGAGCGGGGUAAGUUGAGCCGUAUCCCUACUACCCCCCCACUCUCCACCCCAGCCCUCCCUCACCUUCUCUCUCCCUAAACAACAGUCACAGUUUGAACACAAUUCUAAUAAAACUUAUGACAAACUAAAUUUACUUUCAAGAGUGAAAAAUGUUUUUUUUAUAAAUAAAUGUCUAACCCCUUCACCCAUGUGCUUCUAACCUUCACAGACUCCAUGAAUUGAUGCCCAUCUCCUAAAUAUGUGAUCACAUGAUCAAUUUCUUUUACCAUUUCUAAGCAACAGGCGGUGGCUCAACUUACCCUUUGGCUCAACUUACCCCGCUCUCCCCUACUUGACCACUGACAUACUGUAUCAUAAACUGUUUUAGCAAUCACAAUAGCGCGAUAAAUAAAUGCUGACACAGCACUUUUGCUAGACUCUGCAACCAUAAACUGAUACGACUGCAAAAAGAAAAGUCAGUUAUCUUUAACACCAGGAAAGCCAACAUUCAAAUAAGAAGUCCCUAAUCCUCAGGUGCUCUGGCUUCACCAUGUCACCUAGUCUUUCUGAUCCUCCCUAAUGUCACUUCCUCCUCUUUGAAUCUCCAACUCUGUCAGGUUUCAUAAUGCGACAAGCCAUGCUGAAAGAACAAACUGGAGGCUGUGCUGGUUUUCUGCUUGUUCAGCUUUGGAGGGCUUCAGUUUGCAAAGCCAGCGAGGGAUUCUCCCCUCAACAAUAGACCUCCUCGAUGGUUCUGAAUCAGGCUUUUUUUGCUGCCCUGUAGAACUCUGGGUCCAUGGGAAAGCAGUCCUCCCAGCUGAAACUAACACACACAUGCACAUGAGUUACAAACUAGCAAUUCACAUUGAACCUCCUGAUAGUCCCUUGCUUCUAAAUGUUGUUUUCUGUACUAAAUCUGUCUUUAUCCACCAACUAAACCUUGAUAAAGAAACUGUAAAUAUCCACUUGUGUACUGGCUGCAGUCUCUCUCACCACCAGGGACUCUGAGGUGUCUUUCUUUUCCCAAAAGAAGGAGUAGUCAGGACUCUUGGUUCAGACGGGCAGUAUUGUCCAUUCCUCAGAGUUGCUAGGCAGCCAGGAAAGCCAGAGGAAUCUCAGAGGCUGGUUGUGCAUUGGCAGAGCUUCCUUACAGCACUGGGGAAUGGGGCUAAAUAACUGGCUCUGAAGGCGGAAACCUUGGAUUUAGUCCCUCUAUUGACUUUUUAGAUUAAUGAAAAUACUUUUUUUCAUGCAUAGCCUUCUCAUACGUAAAGUGUUUUUCUAUCAUGAUAUCUCAUCAAUUGUAUUUAUUUAAGUUUCACUUGAGAAAGAACUCCCACGUUGAGUGUCCUGAGAGGACUCUACAGAGUACUGUAGCUGAUGGCAUGCCGAACUCAUCUUUAUUAUUGAAUUACUUCCACAGCCAGCUCCUCACAUGAGAGACCAGAUGCUGGUCAUCAGAUCUUUUGGCAAAUGUUGUGUGGCCAUGUUUAUUUGUCUGUGUCACACAAACACAAACUUCUGAGGUGUAGAUGUUUGUUUUUCCAAAAAGUUUGUGAAGCACUAACCAGGUUUUUUCCUUUUUCCUUAACUCAAGAUACCUGCUGAUAUACAACAGCACUUAUUUCUUAUCAAAAUACUCUUAACCAUGCUGCAAAAAAGAUUCAAAUUCAUACAGACACACAUAUGCUCUUGUCUUCAGUGAAUUUGCUGAUAUCGAUUGUACAGACCCAAUAGGGGCGGAGCUUCCACAGACAGAAAAGCAUCUUUCUCAUGCGUGUAUUGAUAUAAAGCAGAGGUCACUGAUUCUUAAAUGUACAGGACAAACAGGUUGGGACUGUAACUGAAUGACUAAUCAGCUGUUUGUCUGAUAGCUGGCACUUGUGGAAACUCCUGAAUUGGUCUGUCAAGUCCUACAGUAAACAAAAACUAUUUUUACUUGCAGGCUUUCAGUUUCAUGAAUGAUUCUUUAAAACAUAAAAUCUUAAAAUGUGCUGUCAUGAAGGCCAAAAUACAACCAGAAAUCAUCUUGUCUUGUAGGUGAGAAUGAGAUCCUGGAGUCCUUACAGAAAAUUGCAUCACAGAACAAAGUAUGGAGGUCCUACAUCGGGAUGGGAUACUACAACUGCUCAGUACCACCACCUAUCCAGCGCAAUCUCCUGGAAAAUUCAGGCUGGUGAGUUCCCCUCAAAGAGGACCUUUUGAUGAAAUUUGAAAGUGCAGUGAUCUUGUUUUCUCUCUAAUCCCAUCACAGAUAACUAACCAUAUUCAUCCACAUAGUUUGUUACUCAUUUAGAGCUUAGUUGCUGCAUCACAGGGUAAAAUUCUCUUUAGAGGAGGUCUUGUGACCUGACUAAUGGAAAAACUGAUGAUGUGCUUCUCCUCUGCCUCAUGCUGAACAAGAGCUUCCUCCCCCCUUAAUCCAAAUCCACCAUCCUUACCCUCGUUUUGUCUAAAACCACAGGGUUGUGAGGGCAGCACAAUGCAUUCCACUGCCCUGGCUCUAUUCCUUGAAUACCACCAGCUUUUUGCUAUUGUCCCUGUGUCCUGACUUACUGUAAUGGUCUUAUCCUCAGGGUGACUCAGUAUACUCCCUACCAGCCAGAGGUGUCUCAGGGCCGCCUGGAGUCACUCCUCAACUACCAGACCAUGAUCUGUGACAUCACAGGUUUGCCUGUGGCCAACGCCUCCCUGCUGGAUGAGGGAACAGCCGCCGCUGAGGCCAUGCAGCUCUGCCACAGGUGCUAACAAACUGGCCCACUGAGCAUCAUACACUGCAGACCAAUGCGUGAUGCUCAGACAGAUUUUAGUUUUUUCAUCAUAUGACUUAUAAGGUCUUAUAUGGUCCAUAUGAAAAAACUCAUGUUCAUUCUGACCCUAUUUUAUGUGAACUCCUCACAGACAGAACAAAAAAAGGAUUUUCUACAUUGACCCGCGCUGCCAUCCUCAGACCAUCGCUGUGGUGCAGACCAGAGCCAAGUAUGUAUGAUCCUCACAUGCUUUCAGUUUAUAAAUUGUCCUGACAAAUCAAAAUCAUGUUUGUAGAGUUACAUAGAUGUUUAACAGAGACAAAACUGAAGUCUGAAUGUUCGAUACUGUGUUGCAGCUACAUCGGGGUAAAAACUGUGCUGAAGCUGCCUCAUGAGAUGGACUUCAGUGGGAAGGAUGUGAGCGGCGUGCUCUUUCAGUAUCCAGACACUGAUGGCAGGGUGGAGGACUUCACAGCCCUGGUGGACCGGGCUCACAAAGGAGGGGUGAGAGAGCUUCAACAAUAGAAGAAAUCAAGACAAAAUUCAUUUUCAGUAUUCAAAUUCCCCAAUUAUGAUUAUAGAGAAGUGGGACGCUUUUAUAUUGUGGUUAGAUGUGCUUGAACCACCAUUAACAUUCUGUUUAGGUUGAAAACCUUUUCUAUAGACUUUUCUUGCAUUAAUUACUGUCAUGGCUCCUCCCUUAUCCAGGCCCUGGCUUGCUGUGCCACAGAUCUGUUGGCCCUCUGUGUGCUGCGUCCUCCCGGAGAGUUUGGUGUUGACAUUGCCCUGGGCAGCUCUCAGAGGUUUGGGGUUCCUCUCUGCUAUGGUGGUCCCCAUGCUGCCUUCUUUGCUGUUAAAGAUAACCUGGUCAGGAUGAUGCCUGGCAGGAUGGUUGGAGUCACCAGGUAAGGUUUUUUUAUAUGAUAAAGAGAGACCAGAAGAGCUUCAUUCAGGCACAGUCUGAAGCACUUUACUCUUUUAAAUUCUAGGGAUGCAGCUGGUAAAGAGGUGUAUCGGCUUGCUUUGCAGACCAGAGAACAGCAUAUUCGUAGAGACAAAGCAACCAGCAACAUCUGCACUGCACAGGUAUGAUUGUUUUCCUCAUACGAAACAGUCAAAUUAAAAGCAAAAUUAAAUAGUUGGUAUUUUGACAAGAUUUCUUACUUUUUACCCAUACUUUUCUACCUCUGUCUCCCAGGCUUUGCUAGCCAAUAUGGCUGCCAUGUACGCGCUGUAUCACGGUCCUCAAGGGCUCAAACACAUCGCUGAGAGGACUCAUAAUGCCGCUCUGAUCCUUGCAGAAGGUAAAUAUAUUGUUUUUAACCUGAAAAAGAAAAUAUCCUUAUUUGUGACAGAAUUACCUUUCAACGACUUCAUCACAUACACUGUGGAUACUUGAUUAUUUGACCAUCUCAACUGGUUUGGAUAUUAAGAGUAGACCGAGACGGUAUUUGACUGAUCACACUUUGUCUCAGGUCUAAAGAGAGCAGGACACCGGCUGCACAGUGAGAUGUUCUUCGACACUCUGAAGAUCAACUGCAGCGUCGCAGCCAAAGACAUCUUUGAGAGAGCCACGCAGCGGGAGAUCAACCUGAGAGUCUACAGCGAGGGAGUGGUGAGAGUUUAACUCGUGUCCUUAAGACCUCUGAAACUGUCUUCUCAACAUUCAUAAGAGUUAAAUGCACCACAACAUCACAUGAAAUCCUUAAAAUCAGAGACUUUCUCUUGUUUGAAUUUGUUUUAACUCUUCUCUGUCAACAGGUGGGUGUCUCUCUGGAUGAGACAGUGACUGAGAGGGACUUGGAUGAUUUGCUCUGGGUCUUUGGCUGUGAGUCAUCAGCUGUAAGUAGUUCAUUAUUCACCUGCUGCUGUGAUUUAAAUACAGUUUUAGUUUUAUCCUUGUGUUUUGCUGUAGCAAAACUGUUGACUGCCAAUCCAGAGAUAAAAAUGUCUCCUCUUUGAAAUCUCAGGAGCUGAUUGCUGAGAAGAUGGGUGAGCGGGUAAAGGGGAUUAUGGGAAGUCCUUUCAAGAGGACGAGCAAGUACCUUACACAUCAGAUCUUCAACAGGUUGGUGUUCACAGUCAGAAUUUAAGGAGAUCUUACAAAAACAAGAUCUUAGAAACCUGCACAGUAUAGGUGCAGUUGUACCUAUAACAAAGCUCUGCUGCUUUUUCUGCUGGCCAUAUUAGUUUUGAUUAGCUUCAUAACAUGUGAAAUGCCUAAAUCUUUCCUAAAGGGGUUUUUGAAAGUCCUCAAACGUAGACUUUUUAGACAAGGGUCAUGUAAAACCUCUGCUUCUCUUUAGAAACACCAAACAUGUGCCAGUUUCUAUGUUCACCGAUCAUCCUACAAGAUCGUAUUUGAAUAACUGUAUGAAAGUAAAGAUGCACAAAACACAAUCUUUGCAAAUCUUUAGGCAUUUGAAAACUAUGUAUGUGGUUGAAAUCAUCAAUAAGAGCCUUAGAAGCAGCCCAGUUAUGUCUCAUUGCUCUUGAUUGUGGAGCAUAUUAUUUUUUAUUGGUGCAAUAAACAUAGUCAGGGAUUGAGGCCUCUAAUGUCUGGAGUUCACAGUUUCAACAUAGUUAAAAAAAGGCUUGGUCAGACCUUAAACUAAUGAACUCAGAGGGCAGGUAAUUGGUGCAGAUUUCAAUCAAAUAUCUAAUACUGAUAUCAAAGAAAACUAAGUGCGACAUUAACCCAUCAUCUGUCUCUCUGGUUGAUUUUUGUCUCUAGUUAUCACUCAGAGACCAACAUUGUGCGGUACAUGAAGCGUCUGGAGAACAAGGACAUCUCUCUGGUGCACAGCAUGAUCCCACUGGUCUGUUGCAGCUUGAAGUCUAACAAGAUAUAAGUUUAUAUCGACCGUUCCUGGGAGUUUUGUUGUGGUAAAGUGUUGUCUUUCUCCUAUAGGGCUCCUGCACAAUGAAGCUCAACAGCUCUUCAGAGCUCAUGGUUGGUAACUCAGUGAAUCUGUGAUAACACAGUGACUCCUCUUUUGCAGUCAAACCUGCAGGUUUAACUUGAAGUGAUUUCACAUUGUUGUGUUUCUCUUUUGCUCCUUUAGCCAAUCACUUGGAAAGAGUUUGCCAACAUCCAUCCCUUCGUGCCUUUGGAUCAGGCAGACGGCUACCAGAAGCUGUUCAGACAACUGGAGAGGGACCUCUGCGAGGUGACGGGCUAUGACAGUAUCUCCUUCCAGCCAAACAGGUUAAUCCCUCUUAUUGUGCUGCUGUGCACCAUUAUCCAUUUUUACACCACUUCCUUCUUCUCUUAGCCCUGCAUACCAUGAUAAUCAUACUCUAGUAUAUGUCUCAUAUGUGCAUCAAAAACCAAGACCGAGCCUGAGACUUUGUGGUGAAGCAGCAUAAAUCUCCAUAUUAGGUUGGCACUGAUAACGCACACACCCACCUCCUCUGUCUAUCACCACUUAUCAGCAGCAAAGACUGUACGAAUAGCACACCAUGCAACAUUGACCAAGAGUUAUCAUGCUGCUGGCUUUCCAUCCCAGUGUAACCAGUCCCCUUUUGGUAAUGUGUGCAGGUUGAUCUUUGAACUGUGCUGAGGUAAGGGUGUGUGUAGUUGUGCAGUACAUGACCUCUGUUUCACUUGUGUUUCAGCGGAGCUCAAGGAGAAUACGCCGGUCUGGCAGCCAUAAAAGCGUACCUGAACUCAAAGGGAGAGAGCGGGAGAAGUGUAAGUGCGCUAUCAAGUUAUAAAAGCCCAAUAACACCCUAGGCAUGCCAAAAAAGCUGGUGUAAAUGGAAUUUUUUCGUGAGAGAUAAUAGGGCAGUCCAGGGUUUUAUAAUAUUCUGUUACCUAAUACACAUUGAGUAGAUUGAUUGAGGUCCAGAUUAUCUGCACUUCGGGAAAAACAACUCAAAGAAAUGCUGGGUCAGUGAAAAGAGAGGAGUCGGCAUAUCUCCAGGAAAUCCCUGCUGUCGUGCAGAAAAAAGUCCCACAUAAACUCAUCACUUAAGACAUUUCAAUUUUCCUGUUGAUACAUAAUAAAUUAAAACAAGAAAUUUAAUGAGCAUUCUGGAUGAAAGUUAAGGGAUUAUUGAAGCAUUGGUCAGAGCAGAUGUCAUUAGAUGUCCUAAUAAACCUGAUUUGAACAGGAACUAUCAAGAUCAUUAAAGUGCUUUUAAGAGCAAGAAAGGUUUAUCUAUUAAUAUAACAACAGGUACAUGACUCCUAUCUAAGAACAAUUUAUCACUGGCAGCGUCUGUGACUAUGCUGACUGAGGUUAAUAAAGAACAUGAGAACUCACGCCCUAUCAGCUUUAGUUCCUGACUGUCAGGUUUAUUGUUCCCCAGCUACUGCAGGUCAUUUUGACAUCACAGAGGAGCAUGUUUCAGGGUUUUAUGUAGAAGUCCCUGUAGUAUCCAGACUGCCUUGUUGCAGUGUUGUGGGUACACAGAGUGAUAAAGACAGAUUAAAGAGCGGCUGACUAAAGUAUUUUUCUCCAACUUUAAAUUGGCCUCUGUCUCUCUCUCUCUCAUAGUUACAUCUUAGAUAGUGGCCUGAUCUCUAGAAACAGUCAAGGUCCAAACUAACAACUGUUUGUGCAAACAGAGGGGUUGCUAUCGCUGUGGUCUCACUAUAGGCUCCCUGCUUUCAAGAUGCCAUAUUUGGAGGUUUAAGACUUUGCUGAGCCGGUGACUUGCAGUUCUCUGCGUUUUUUUCUGUCAGUUAUUUGUCAAUGUUUCCCAACCCCGCAGGACUAAAUGCCCAGUUUCUCUUGUGUGACUAAGUUGCAAAAUGUCAGAAGUGUCACCCUAAUAAGGGAUAAAAUCAAUUAGUGACCUGCAGGCAGGUUAAAUAUUAGUGUCAGAGGUGGGUGUUAGCUGGAUCAAAAAUCAACCACGGGGAGUUGCAUCAAUUCGACAAAUAAGCUGCUCCCUUAUAAACCUUGUUCUUUUCGUGUGUUUUAUUCCUCAUUUUAUGGAAAAAAGAAGUGAUACCAAAUACCAAGCUUCCUUUUUUUUGAUUUUGGUGUUGAAAUAUUUUAAUCUAGGGUUUCUAUCCAAAGCCACAUUGCGUAGGUUUCAACUUGCUCUGGGUGUAAAAGGUCAGCUGCAGGAAUGUGUAGCCCAUUUAGUUUAAAACCAUCUGUUUCCUGGAUAACACCAUAUUUUUAAGUCGCCUGACUAAAAGAUCUGAAUUGCAUCACAGCCUCUGUUGUCCUCUUUUUUGCUCUCUGUGCUGCUAUACUGAUUCUGUCUUAUCAAUACCAGGUCUGUCUGAUCCCCAAGUCAGCCCAUGGCACAAAUCCGGCCAGCGCUCAGAUGGCUGGUAUGAAGGUUCAGGUGGUGGAGGUGGACAAAGACGGCAACAUUGACCUGGCACACCUCAAAGCCCUGGUGAGAGCUGGACUGGAUUUCCUCUGCUGGUUUCAAACAUGAAUGCACAUCUCCUGCUGCAGAAACAGCUCAAUGACAGUGUCCUAAUAGUCUGAGGAUGUCAUGACUCUGGUGAUCUUAGUUCCUGACUUCUCUGUCCUCUCAGGUGGAUAAACACAAGGCCAGUCUGGCGGCCAUGAUGAUCACCUAUCCUUCCACUUUUGGUGUUUUUGAGGAGCACAUUGGAGACAUUUGUGCUCUCAUUCAUGAAAAUGGGGGUCAGGUGUAUCUGGACGGUGCUAACAUGAAUGCACAGGUGAGUAAAGCAAAAAGCAGCAGCAGUGAGAUAUUCAGGAGUCUGAAUGCUGCUCUUGUUCAGUGUUACCUGUGGAAACUGAAGGCUAAUAGUGUAAAGGUUUAUAGAUGUGUUAUCAUGCUGUAAAUAGAUAACCUUUGUUCCCAGUAAUGUGCAGAUGAAGAUUUUUACGCCAACACUACCUCAGCCAAUCAGUGACAGACUUUCAGACCCUGCCCCUUUUUGACUUUUAGGAUGCCAAACCUCUGCCCCCUCUCAUGUGAUUUUAUGAUCAUGUGACUGAAUAAAAUCAGGAAGAAUCUGGGACUACUUUAAAUACAUUUGGAUGUUUUUGAAUAACAGGUUUUAAAGGUUCACAAUCUGAAACCAAACAUAUUUGUGGGAGUAUUUUAGUUUGUCAUGGUUUCACUUUAGCUGCUUAGGCUUGCUUUGAAACAUGACUGAAGUGAUUUGUGGAACAAUUCCAAGUUUUUUGUUGUUUAGACUAUAAAGAUUUAUAAGAAAAGCACACUCAGUUAAAAAUUAAGAACUUUUUUACCCAGAAUCUCUCUGCAGCAUCAGUCAGUGUCUGUCUGGAAACGAUAUUCCAGAGUAGUGGAUUUUCUGGUUUGGCUACGAAUGACUCCUGUUUUCUUUGGCAAUGUGAUAUCAAACAAAAAUAGUGGAUCUGCCAGCCUCUGUAGAAGGUUAAAUCUCAUGUUUCUCAGGUGGGUCUGUGUCGCCCUGGAGACUACGGCUCUGAUGUGUCUCAUCUCAAUCUGCACAAAACCUUCUGCAUCCCUCACGGUGGGGGAGGACCCGGCAUGGGACCAAUCGGAGUGUAAGCCUUAGUAUAAACUGUUGUGUUUCACUCUGUUAAAGUGAUGCAUCUUUUCUGCAAAGUGUGCAAAAUAUGUUAUCUCGUGACAGAGCGCACACCUGCACGCUUAGUCUGUUUAAACAUAAACUCUCUGUUAUCAAAUUUAGAUUAUGAGACUUGAUAGCUUUUCCUCAAGACAUCCAUCUUCUCAAACAGGAAAGCCCACCUUGCACCCUUCUUACCAAGCCACCCGGUGGUCCCCAUGCACUCAGUCAACACUGGCAGCUCACUGGGCACCAUCAGCGCCGCUCCCUGGGGCUCCAGCGCCAUCCUGCCGAUCUCCUGGGCUUACAUCAAGGUCAGUAUUUAAAUUAUGAAAUAAAUUAAAAUUGGGUUCUUGCUGUUUCGAUUCACAAAUAGCAUGAAGAGGGUUGGAUGUUCUAGCUCCGCUGACAUUUUCAAAGCUGUCAGUCUGUCCACAUAAACUUUUAUUUUCUCCCUCCAUUCUGUGUUUAGAUGAUGGGAUCUAAAGGACUUGUUCACGCUACAGAGGUGGCCAUCCUUAAUGCAAACUACAUGGCCAAGAGGCUGGAGGCUCACUACAAGGUGCUCUUCAGGGGAAGGAAAGGUAAAGCUGUAAAAACAUUGCAGGAAUGUCUAGAAUCAAAUUUCUAAAACAUUUCAAUUUCUGAGAAAUAAAGUUGUUUUUUGGAGUAAGGUUUUCUCAUUGUUGUUUUUUGUAUUUAUCUAAAAAGGUUUUGUUGCCCAUGAGUUCAUUCUGGAUGUGCGGCCAUUCAAGAAGUCGGCGAACAUUGAGGCUGUGGACGUGGCUAAGAGGCUGCAGGAUUAUGGUCAGUUGAGGAGUUAAUUAAAGUGUCUUAUUUUAGGUUUCACAAAUGCAGUGACUUGCCCGUUAUUCAGAGUGUGGUGGUCUUGGUGUUGAUUUGAUUUGUGAUUGUGUUCAGGUUUUCACGCUCCCACCAUGUCGUGGCCGGUGGCUGGAACCCUCAUGAUCGAGCCCACAGAGUCAGAGGACAAAGCAGAGAUGGACCGCUUCUGCGACGCCCUGCUCAGUAUCCGACAGGAGAUCGCAGACAUCGAGGAGGGGAGGAUGGACUCCAGAAUCAAUCCACUAAAGGUGUGUUACAGGUUUGGUGUUGUUGGUACAAAAGUGAGAGAAUUAUCCCAGCAGUUAGUAAAUGAGGUCCUCCUGUGUGUUUGUGUCUGUGUGUUUGUUUGCAGAUGGCUCCUCACUCUCUGGCCUGUAUCUCCUCCUCCACCUGGGACAGACCCUACUCCAGGGAGCACGCUGCUUUCCCCCUGGUAAGUGUGCUCUUCGACUCUCACUCUGUUCAAUCUGGAGGGUUAGAAAUCAGACAUUUGUCUGUGUCGCCCUCUAGUGGUGAGAAUUAAGAACUGCUGCUGAACGAUAGGAUUCAGAAUUCAAGUUUGCAAAUAAAAGAAAUGAGUCUAAGUGUGUAACAGAAACAGAAGGCUAAAGGGACAAAAUAACUCCAGCUGUUCAGAAACGAAAGAACAAACCAAAUCUGUCUUUCUCUUAUUUUUGGUAUAAUUAUCAGAGGGAGAAAGAGAUUAAGGAAGUUUAUUCAAAUCACAUCCCACCACCACUAUUAGCUUAGACCAGUGGUUCUCAAGUCCAGUCCUCAAGGCCCACUGUACUGCAUGUUUUGGAUAUUUCCCUGCUCCAACACACCUGAUUCAAAUGAUCAGCUCGUUAUUAAGCCAUUACAGAGCUUGAUAACGAGCUGAUCAUUUGAAUCAGGUGUGUUGGAGCAGGGAAAUAUCCAAAACAUGCAGGACAGUGGACCUCGAGAACCACUGGCUUAGACUGUACGCUCUACCUCCCCCUACUCCCCCAAUUUCAACAAGGAAAGAGAGGAGGGAUUUUCAGAUUGUGGAGGUCAGACACUGUGCUUGAGUUUAAGAUGUGUCAGCUGAGCUCACAGGUUUAGAAAAUCUGAUAUGGUGUGAUAUAUUGGCUUCAUUGAUUCUCAGAUAUAUGGCAACCAUACAUAGUGUGCCAUCCACCUUUCUUACUGAGAGCUUGUAUGGAGGCGAUCUGUGCAACUGGUGGUAAAGCUGGUAAAACGUCUUUGUUUCAUCCUCUCAACACAUUCUACAUUUUUCCUUUUUAAAUUUCAGCCCUUCAUCAGGCCCGAGACCAAAUUCUGGCCAAGCAUCUCCAGGAUUGACGAUAUCUACGGCGACCAGCACCUGGUGUGCACCUGCCCUCCCAUGGAGGCCUACGAGUCUCCAUAUGAGGAGAAGAGAGCGUCCUCAUAGAUGCCCUCAUACUCUAGUCUCAUUGUCCUGAAACCUCACACACUUGACACCCACUGACUCAGUGACAGUGUUGGAGUUAAAAACUCUACAUUUAGUUCACUGGAGGGGGGAAUUGUGAUGUUCAUAUUUCAUGCAUGGUGACUCUUGCAUACUUUUCCACAAAGCAGAGCGCCAUGAACUCAAAUUAAUGAUUUCAAACCUCCCUGUCUGUAAUAUUAUCGUCCUGCGUGUUGUGAAUGACUACCUUGUACUAGCUAUGAACAAAAGGUCUUGAUAUCUGAUCACAUGUGGGUGUCUGAGUCUGUGAGGUGGACAUUGGGACCAGGCUACAUGAGGUUUUACCUGAACUCUUCCAAUGGACCAAAAGGUGCAACUUUUGCUCUUUAGACUGCAAAAUGAGAGCACCCUACGAGACUGAGGCGGCUUUGUGACACAUCUCUGAAUACUGUGCUAAAAGCAGGGUACAGAUAAUUAAAAGCUCUGUGUGCCUCAGUUUGUGUUGUGUAAAAUAGCUGCCUUGAAUUUCCUUUUUUCAAAAACCUGAUAAAACAUAGGUGAUACUUUACUGUAGGCUGUUUUUUUUAAUAUGCAUCUGUUUUAUGGAAAUGUUUUAAUGUUAUUCUGUCUUUUGUUGUACGAGUAGAUGAGAACAGUCUUAAUGUUGACUUUAAAUUAAUUGUCUAAUCUUAAGUGUUUUGUCUUUACAGAUGUGUUCCAAUUAAACAUUUUUUGUCAUUAAGUGUA